AUGGGUUCUGCUGCCUCUCACCAAACUCGAGAUGUGACUUUCCACCCCGACGAUAUUGUAAUUAGCGAAGAUGUAAUUAAGCGAAUCAAAAAUGCUGCUACCACCGAGGAUAAUACGAAAGAUGACGUUCGUGCCCCAGAAUCGUUCAAACCGCAGUAUAGCCUAGGUUUAAAACAUGAACUAGAAGAGGCAGAAAGAAGAUACGAAAAGCUCCUGCAACUAUUAGAAAAACGUAAUGAACAACUGUUCAACGAGGCUGCAGAAGAAUAUACACGGACAGUUGAGCGUUUAGAAAACAAGUACAUGAGACCUACUCCUGGGGGGUGUUGUGCUGCAGCUGAACAAAGAGUCGAAGAUUGUUAUAAGCAGAAUCCUGGAAGAAUACUUUUGUGUUCCAAACUUGUUUCAGAGUAUGAUCGUUGUGUGCAAAAUUUCCUUGUCACUAUGUCUAGGAAAGUGUCAAAUGCUGCCUGAAACUAAUACAAUACCACUUUAUAUUUUAUGGAUUCCUAUUCUAAAAAAAAUUCUAUAAUUGUCUUACACAUUGUAGCAUGCCAUUUUCAAUUAAAUGAUUAGUAGUUGUAAUGAUUAUCCUUGUACAAAUCAAAUCAUACUUUAUAUGUAGUGUUAUUUGACAUUUGUUUCAAUUUAAUGUUGAAUAUCUAAACACAAGCCAAAACGACCUCAAUUUUCAGCCAAACAAGAGAACGAAAC